CAAAACCAAGAGAGCUAUCGUGGGACGACCGCUCAGCUGAUCAAUCAGAGGCCGGCAGUGUUCGAAGCAGGAAGUCCUCACACAGAAGAAACGGGAGACGCUAAACUAUGAGCAGGAUAUCAUAUUAAUCUUUUUUUUCACCGAUAUUAAGAGCUUAUGAGAUGUAAAACAUGGUGACAGGCAGCAGAGAUGAACCACAAACAGACUUUAUCUUCUGUUGUGGAGCCAACACAGAGGUCCUUAAAUUUGGCUCCUGUCAGUUACAUUCUGGACACAAAAUUCUUUUUCUUAUCAUUCCAGGUAAUCCUGGUGUAGUGGGCUUUUACAAAACCUUCAUGCAAACACUGCACAGUAUGUUUGGCUACCACCACCCAGUGUGGGCUGUAAGCCAUGCUGGCCACUGUGUACCUCCAGACUCCAUGGACAUGGUACAAGGUACCAAUGAUUCUCAAGAUGCAUCCUCGGCUGCAGAGGCAGAUGUGUUUGGUCUGAACGGUCAGAUUGAACACAAGUUAGCGUUCCUCAGAAAACAUGUUCCCAAAGAAACCAACCUGAUCCUGGUUGGACACUCCAUCGGCUGCUACAUCAUUCUAGAGAUGAUUAAGAGAGACCCUGAACUCAAGAUUCUGAAGGCUGUCAUGCUGUUUCCUACCAUUGAGCGCAUGGCUCAGACCCCUCAGGGGAAGGUUAUGACCCCUGUGCUGUGUCACAUGCGUUAUGUGGCCUACCUGCCUCUCUUCCUGCUCUCUCUGCUGCCUGACAGAUUCAAAAGCAGCCUGAUCAAACUGGUGUUUGGUGGCAUUCACUCUUUGGACCUCACAGUCGUUCAGCCUACUGUAGGUCUGCUCACUGGAGACUGUGCAGCUAAUGCUAUGUACAUGGGUGGUCAAGAAAUGAAGAAUGUUCUGGAAAGAGACAAUAUAACCAUCAAGAAUAAUCUUGAAAAGCUCAUAUUUUACUAUGGAGCUACAGAUCAUUGGUGUCCUGUGCAGUAUUAUCUUGACAUCAAGCAGGACUUCCCACAUGGAGACAUCAGACUGUGUGAGAAUGGGUUCCGGCAUGCCUUUGUCCUGGAUGCAGGAGGAGAAGUCGCCAAAAUGGUGGUAGAAUGGAUCCAUGGAGACUUGAGGACAUGAGUUCUUUAAUUUUUUCAUGUACUGAUGACCAUGAUGCUCUGCAGUGUCCAGACCUGCAGCAGUGUUCAGUGGCAAAGAUGGAUUUUUGUAUUAGCAGAGAUCAUGGAACUGAAUUUAAAUAAGACAGACUGUAUAUCAAAUAUUAAUUUUAAUAUAUAUAUUGUAUAAUGAUGUGAUUUGCCUUGCAAUUGGGGUGGAAAAAAUGAUGGUGGUGGAACUUAUGUAGAACUUUGACUAUGGAAGUAGUGAAUGUAUUCUAUUAAAACCCUAAAUAGAGUGUUGUGAUCAGCAUCAGUCUCCGAAGAUAAAAUGAGAAACCAGAAAUCUGCUGUAGCACUUCUCAUAAUGGUGUUGUCAUUUUGCACAUUUUUAUUUUAUGGUAUUUUUAUUUCACAUUGUUUUUCACAUAUACAGAAAUGUGGGACAUUAAAUUUAUGCAUUCCAUAGUAUGAUGACUUAAUAAAAUUUUAUUUUUCAUUG